AGUAAUGUUACUCCAUUAGCCCGAUAAGCAAACGUUUAGAGCUGUCGAAUGUAUACCAUGAUUAGGUAGCUAGAUGUUGCAGAGCUCGCUGAUGCAGAGCUACAUUUUAGUGGUAGAACUAAGUUUUGUUUCAGGGGCCGCUUAAACAGUCCGUGAAAUUUGGACCAGUUUGACAAGCAACUGCUGAUACUGACCGGACUGGAAGCAUUUGUUUUGACUUCAUCAGGCAUCGUUCUCCACGACGGUCUAACGAAGGCUCCUCGUAUAACGUAAAAGAAGAUAAACAUGAGCUUUCUAUUUGGCAAUCGGUCGUCCAAGACCUUCAAGCCCAAGAAGAACAUCCCAGAGGGAUCUCACCAGUAUGAGCUGUUGAAACAUGCAGAGGCUACACUGGGCAGUGGGAACUUACGCAUGGCUGUCAUGCUGCCUGAUGGGGAAGACUUGAACGAGUGGGUGGCUGUCAACACUGUAGAUUUCUUCAACCAAAUCAACAUGCUCUAUGGUACCAUAACAGACUUCUGCACUGAAGAGAGCUGUCCUGUCAUGUCUGCUGGGCCCAAAUAUGAGUAUCAUUGGGCAGAUGGAACCAACAUCAAAAAGCCGAUAAAAUGUUCAGCUCCCAAGUACAUUGAUUACCUAAUGACCUGGGUGCAGGACCAGCUCGAUGACGAGACACUCUUCCCAUCUAAGAUAGGUGUCCCGUUCAAGCGGAACUUCAUGUCGGUGGCUAAGACCAUCCUGAAGCGCCUGUUCAGGGUCUACGCCCACAUCUACCACCAGCACUUUGACUCUGUGAUGCAGCUGCAGGAGGAGGCCCACCUCAACACCUCCUUCAAACACUUCAUAUUCUUCGUUCAGGAGUUUAACUUGAUUGACAGGAAAGAGCUGGUCCCACUACAGGAGUUGAUUGAGAAGCUGACCACCAAGGACAGAUAAACCCAGGCUGACUGAUCCUUUAAAACUGUGAUGGGCUACUAUUAUUUUUGCACAGAUACCCCUUCUGCCCUAUAUGUAUACAGCAUAUGCUAACUUUGGGGACAUGUUCUCUAGAAAGCCAGGUAAGUACGGAAGAGUCUUGCACUGUUAUGGGCACUAUACUACUGCCUGAGCCGGUAUGUGCUCUAUAGUUGGAUGUGCUCUAUGGUUGCAAUUUGGACGUAUCCCUAAAACUGAAAUCACUAUGUAUUGGCGUCCUCUGUUUGUAUAUUUAUAUGAUUAACAUUUGUCAUCUGCUCGUAUUGAAAUCUACCACUACAGAUUGCACAUUUAAACAGAGGGUAUGUAGGAAAGUUCAAGGGACUACAUAACUAUUUGAGCAUAUUGGUCACAUUGUGAUUUGCCUCAAAACAUAUGGUCAUUUUGUAAAAGUCUGUUUUCAACAAUAUAAUACUGGGAAUCCAGUAAAUUGCCAAAGCUUUAUUUGAUGGGCCACAUACAGUAUACAAGUAAAAUAUUGUGUUUGAGGUCACAAGUUUCUCAUGUUCUCCCCAUAGAAUGUUCUGGCUAAUAAGCCACCGAGUGAAAUAUAACAGCACAUUCAGUGCUAUCUGUUUCAAUAGUGUGAUGAUUCCCUAUGCCUUUGUAAGGUCUGAGUAAUGUAUUGCUGUGCUGCAGACUGCUGAGGGAUGGAAUCCAAAAUGAAAAUGUUUACUAUGCAAGAAGACAUGCCACUCUUCAAAGUUUCAAUGAUUACUAUUUUCCAUUCAUACAGAUGGGAAUAAAUGCUUUUCUUUCUGUGUGUUA